GUGAUGAAGAUAUUGGCGGAAUUCCACAGACGGGGUUGCAAUCCGGAGAGCCAAAUCAUACUAGUGUCACACGGUCUGGUGCUGACGGUGACGCUGGAGGAGAGGCUAGCUUGAUGCCAGCAAGAAAACCAAAUGUUGUGUCAAAACUUGCGAACAGGAACACUUCUUCGGCUUCCUGUUCCGCAGUGCGCCGAAUUUUAGCGAAGAAAAAGAAAGUUCUGAGCAAGAACACCAGUAUUUCUUUGUCGCGUGUCUGCCAUCAAGCACGUAAAGAGUUGAUGAAGCGAAAACGUCAGUUCUUUCGCAAUGCUUGGAGGUUUGCAGAGUUUGUCCGUCGUCGUCAAGCUCCUGCUGUAACUCCUUGGAGCCGUCACGGGAGUACGGAGCCGACAAUCUCUCGGAAGGUCAGGAAUUAUCAUGAGUCUUCUGCAGUUGCAGCUGUGGGCAAUGGUAGUGGCAAAAGAGCAGUAAAAGUUGCUCCCACAUCAACAUCUUCAACGACAUCAUUUUUGGACGAGGACAUUGCAACUCGAGGAGGAACGACCAUUAUUUCUGCUCGCAGCCCGAAGGCUGGCGGAAGUGCAAGGAAUCAAGAACAGACGCCACCCCGACUGCCCACGACGAAUGCAAUUGUGGGCUUCAAGCUUCGCGAGGAUGUUGGACGGGAGGACGCGGCAACGGAGCACGAACACAGUCUCGCUCCUUGGGUGGAGGCAAUGCGUCCUACGGAGCUUCGCAUCCCGAACUUCGCAGUGCACAAGGAAAUCGCGCGAUCCGACUCCCUGCGAUUGCCAGGAGACACUGGGACCAUGACCAAGUAUCCCUCUACCGAGAUGGCAACCGCCACGACCUCGGCAAAGGCUACAAGUGGGAGUGUGUUUCCGACGACCGCAGUGCUGAGUGGAUUACAAGAGGUAUCUUUUUACUGGUACUCGCGAUUAUUUGGAAAGAAUUAUAGUAGUGACUUCUAUGUUGUCACAUGCACAUGCUCUAAGCAAUUAGUACUUACAUAAUGAUAAUUAAAAGAUCACGCGUCUUUCUUUGACUAGUAGCAAAAGCAUUCCACUAUCUCAGGUUUCCUCCUCCGGAGCGAGCAGCAUGCCACUUGCGCCAUCGCUCUCAACUGCCCCAGUUCCUCGCAACAUCGACGCGAGAGGCACAUCACCUGCGUAUGUGCGUAUGCGAAGAACGCCUGCUGGUGCUGAACAUCAACGAUCACAUGGACAUGCGCAGCAGAGACAAGAGCAUGAGAGAGCUGGUUUCCCUCAGCUCAAUCCAAGCGAGGAGAUGGAGAGGCUCAGCGAGCUUCUAGGCCAAGCGCGCAUUGGCGACCUAAAAAGAGGAACGGUCGGAACUGCAUCUUCAGUAUCAAAAGCAGGAGAAGGACAAGGACGAGGCGAACAUCUCCAAUAUAAGAUUUUCAUGCCAGCUGAAUCUGAAGCGUUGAGUGGUCCAAAUCAACUUGCUUUUGCUCAGAACAACUUUGAUAAUAUGCCGUUGUUGCCGGCAACUGCCUCUGCGCCGUGGUCUCUUCCCCGCGCACCGUUUGAAAAGGGUUACCUGGUUCGCUCCCGCCAAGAUGCCGAUACGCGGUAUGCGCCGAUUCAUCCUGCGCUGGGCUACGCUUCCCAGGAUGAAGCUUCCACACGCAGCCUGUUGCCGCUAAAACAAGGAGCACCACGAGUCAGCACAUCAGCGAAUAGAGAAGUAUUGACACCAACUUCUUCGCAAUCUUCAGUACAAGUAGGCGUACAUCAACGCCGAUCAAAAGCGCACGAGAGACAACACUUGUCGAUCACAGGCGUUGAGGUACUGAACAACAAGAAUGGCCACACACAUGUGACUAAGGUUUACCCACGCGCAGCUUCCGUACCACCGCCAAUAUCGACGCCUAUUUCGACGCGUGAUAAAGUCUACAAUUAUGGCGAAAGUUUUGCUAUGGCUAAACCGGUUACGACUACCACUCCUGAACCUCCAAGAGUUAGCGGUGUGCGCCGACUACUCGUCGGAAGACAGGAUGGCCCAGAACAGAUGCAAAGCGGCGUUCCGCUUGGUCAGGUCCGACAGCAGAUGAUUGGUCGUGAUAUGACAGGCAGUGGCAUCAUGGGCCUAGAUCGGCAGGAACGGGUCAGCAUCGGCCGUGAUAUGACAGGCAGUGGCAUCAUGGGCCUAGAUCGGCAGGAACGGGUCAGCAUCGGCCGUGAUAUGACGGGCAGUGGCAUCAUGGGCCUAGAUCGGCAGGAACGGGUCAGCAUCGGCCGUGAUAUGACGGGCAGUGGCAUCGUCGACCACCUAGAUCGGCAAGAUGAACAUCAGCCUAACAUUGGCCGUGAUCUGACAGGCAGUGG